AUGACCACCAUAGCAACGAGCCGUUACGCGGAAGCACACGCCAACCAACGAGGACCCGGCGAUGCAAGGCCUACCGCUCUACAGAUUAUCAAAGAUGAGCAAAGAGAAGGAAAUAUGAAGGACAAAGUUGUACUCAUUACCGGUUGCUCUUCAGGACUUGGAAUCGAGACAGCGAGAGCGAUGAAAGCUACCGGCGCAACCGUUUUUGUUACAGCUCGCAAUAUGGAGAAGGCAAAAGAGGCGCUUGGGAAUAUUCUCGAUGGCGACCGUGUCCAUCUCAUUAAGCUGAACCUUGAGUCCUUUGAUAGCGUUCGAUCUUGUGUCGAAGAGUUCAAGUCAAAGAGCGAUACUCUCAACAUCCUCAUAGAAAACGCAGGCAUUCGGCACGUGCCUUUCGGUAGAUCUUCAGAUGGCUACGAAAAGCACUGGGGCACAAAUCAUCUAUCUCAUUUUCUUCUCCUUGAGCUUCUGAGACCGACCCUAUUGGCAUCAUCAACUCCAGAAUUUUGCUCGAGAGUCGUAAUUGUUUCUUCUACUGCUCAUAGAAAUGCCCCUAUGGACUUUGGAGAUCUGAACUGGGAAAAACGCAAAUACGAUCGUCCUACCGCAUACGGCCAGAGCAAGCUAGCAAAUGUCUAUACCGCUAGUGAGAUUGAGAGAAGAUAUGGCGCUCAAGGCCUCCAUGCAUGGAGCGUGCACCCCGGCGGAAUUCGAACAGGGCUACAGGCACCAAGUCAAUGGGAUGUCAAGGAUUGGAUGGUAAUCAUUAAAUCUGGUCCUAUGGCAACAUUUCACUCGGUGAUGAAUGCUGAGCAAGGUGCCUCAACGUCGGUAUGGGCUGCUGUUAGCAGAGAUCUGGAGGGCCAAGGAGGAAAGUACUGUGAAAGAAAUCGAUUCAGCGAGCCACUAAAGAAAGGCUGGAAAAUGAUUGACCCAGGUCAUGCCGAAUGGGUGUACGAUCAAGACGCGGCGACAAGACUAUACGACUUGUCUUUGAAGGAAAUAGGAGCAUAA